AUGCAAUCAUACACAUACAUUAUAUUUUCUCUCGCCCUGAUAUUUACAAUAUCAGCAGUACAGUCAAAGAAAGCUGUUGAUGAACAACAUUGCGAAGUAUGCAUCAAAACUGUUGGCCAAUUUGCAGAUUCACUAACAGCCGAUGAGAAAAGCAGUCCGGAGAAGAUCGAAAAAGCAUUCAAAAAGUUCUGCGCCAAAGUCAAAGUUGACACAAAGGAACAUCGAUUGUGUUACUACAUUGGUGCAUUAGAAACAUCAGCCACAUAUGCUAUUGGUGAUCUCUCGAAACCACUUGCAUGGGGCAUACCAGUGGAAAAGAUCUGUCGCGAACGACUUUUCAAAACCAAUCCACAAAUCUGUGACCUUAAAUAUGAAAAACAAAUCGACGUCAAUGCCGUUGAUUUAAGUAAACUGAAAGUGAAAGAUUUAAAGAAAAUCUUGAGCGAUUGGGGUGAAACUGCUGACUUCAUUGAAAAAUCCGAAUUCAUCAAACGUAUUAACGAAGUCAAAGACAAAUACGUCAAACCAUCCGGCGAUGCCACUAAAAAAGACCUAUGA